CUCUCUCUUCCUCUACUCAUUCUCCUUCUCCCUCUCCUUCCCCCUCUUCCUCUCUUCCUCCCACAAUCUCGUCUCUCACAAGAGCAACAACCAACCAGCCAACACAUAGCCAUGUAUCCUGGACAACCAGUCAAACGACAAUGACCAAAAGAGACACUCCAGACGCUGGUGUGUCUAAAACCAUUGAAGACGUGAGAACUGAUCCGUUUACGAGGACCUCAUCAAAUAGACCAGACAAUACAAACACUUAUAAUCACCAUGUUACACUCACACAAUCAUCCCCACAUACCACUCCUCCCCCCUCCUCCUCAUCUCCUGUUAUUUCUACUACUAGUGCUGGGUCUAGUCACGGCCGUUCUGGUUCUCUCUUGCCUAUUAUUAUUGGUUCUGCUGUGGGUGUGGUUGGUGUCCUCAUAGGUCUCUGUAUUGGUCUAUUGUUUGUUAUUGUCUGGUUGGCCAAACGAAGAUCGUUAGCUUCGACCAGUAACUUUGGAGCAGCAUAUAGAACAUGCACUCCUAAUAGAUACAUAAGGAAAUGCGUAUCCAGUCCACUCUAUGAAGGUACUAAUCUAGCAAAGACAACAAGGGCCAUAUCCGCAACAAUCAUUCCACUUGCUAGUUCAUCACAGACCAGCUCUUUGGAUUCAAAUCAUUCAUCCCAGAGUGUUUCUACUCAUCCACAAAUUGUUGUAUGUCCUCGUAUUAUUCCUCCAAUAGCACCUCCCUCUCCCCCUCCUUCACCUCCUCCUCCUCCUCCUCCUCCACCAAACUUCUCUCCUCCGCCUCCUUCUCCUCGUACCCCUCAAGGUCCUCCUCGUGUUCCUCCAGUUUCUCAUGUGUCUCCUCUUACUAUUUCUUCUCAGUACAGUCUCUCUCGUCCUCCUCCUCCUUCUCUCCCUCUUCCUUCUCCACCCUCUACUCUGGCUAUUCCUGCAGAGAGAAAUCCACCCACCAGUCCAGCAAUGGUCGGAUCACCUUAUGAAAAGCCCAUUCUUUGUGAUGCAGCCUCGAGUUCAUUUGUUAAUCCUAAUGACUGCAUUUAUGUUCCUAAUGAAGAACAGAGAUCAAAGUUAUUCAAUGGUUCAGUUGGCUAUGAAUUUGACGACAAGUUGUAUAAAUCACUCUACGAUGUUCAAAAUGUUAAAGAUGAUGGAGGUGAGAGUAAAGAUGAGAAUAAGUUCUUUCAAGAGUCGAGUGAGUAUUGGAAGCCGCAGAAAACAACUACAGCAAUAUACAGACAACUAGCCAGCAAGAGAUACAGGGAAAUACCAAGACAUGCAAUACAAAUAACAAAGUAUUUAGGUUCUGGGCAGUUUGCGACUGUCAAUAAAGCUCAGUGGAUAACUGGUGGUGGGGAUGUGUCUGUGGCUGUUAAAAUGCUCAAAGCAGGCUCCUCCGAGCAAGAAAAGGUUAAAUUUUUACAAGAAGCAGCAAUAAAUGGGCAGUUUCAUCAUCUUAAUGUUGUACGGCUCUUGGGUGUCGUCACUGUUGGAGAACCGGUUAUUAUUGUGCUUGAGUUAUUGGGAAACGGAAACUUAAAGAAGUUCCUAACAUCAAAACGACCAGUUAGAGGCUGUGUGGUCCCUGAAGAGCUUCCUAAUCUAUUGUGCAACUUCUGUAAGCAGAUUGCUUCCGGAAUGGACUAUCUAGCAAAGAAGACUUUUAUACACAGAGACCUCGCUGCUAGGAAUAUACUAGUAUCAGAACAACUGAUUUGCAAAGUUGCUGAUUUUGGUUUGUCCCGUGACCUUCAAGAAAACGAGUACUAUAUAUCUCAAGGAGGUCUUGUACCAAUAAAAUGGACAGCACUAGAGGCAAUAUUUUACAGGAAGUACUCGACUGCUAGUGACGUGUGGAGUUAUGGUGUGCUUCUGUUUGAGAUAUGGAGUCUAGGAAGGAAGCCGUUCUCAUCACUAACAAAUGAAAAAUAUAUUGAGAAAAUUGAUGAAGGUGAGAGGCUUGCUCCUCCACCUGGCUGUCCCCGCUCGUUUUACCAACUAAUGAUGGACUGCUGGCACCCCAGCCCUCCUGACCGUCCAUCUUUCACUUCCCUAUGUCAGUAUUUAUCACAGCCUGUUGAGUCUUUGCUCCAGUUGGGUAUCAGUCAAGUAGAGCUGGAGGAAUCGCCUGAAGCAAGUACUCUAGGGGCACCCAUUGAGGCUGGACAAGCUCUUUUUAAAGAUAUACAGAUACGCUACCUUGAUUAAUGUACUGUACUCAUAUACUGAUAUUGGGUGCCCACUGUUUAAAGUGUGUACAUCAAUUAAACUAUACUGCAUGUCUGGAUACAUACAUAUAUAUAUUUGUACUGUUUCUAUUGAUUAUUAUUAUUAUUAUUUUGUGUGUGCUGGCACUCUUAUAUUCUCA